CAAGGAAACUUUUAGUCUUGGAACAAUUAUAUGUGUUCAAUUUCUGUCUGUAAACUGACUUUGUAUCAGUACAAUGAAAAGACUGAUCAAUAUUACUCUGUAUGUUCAGGAUUUAACAAGGUGUUUAAAAAGUGGACUGAGUGAUUUUUGCUAUAUCUAAUAUAAUACGUCAGUGUUGUUUUCUUUUUUCUUAUUAGGUAUAUACUAAAGAUAUAAAUAUGCAUAUAGAUAGGAUAUGCAUCUGCAUACGCCUCAGGGACCAAAAACUUUGGUAAAGACUAAGCUUAUAAUUUAAAGGGCUGCAUAGUAAGUUCUGAAAAUGUAAUUACAUUUCCAAAAAGAGGCCCUGGCUAAGUUGGAGCCACUUUAGAAGUAUAUUUCAAUGUUAUAUAGUACUGCUUGAGGUAGGUCAAGUGUACAUAUUUAAAUGUUCUUGUAUGUCUCACUACAGUUACCUAGACAGAAUGACAGACCUAGUGGCUGUCUGGGAAGUAGGUCUGAGUGAUGGUGUUCACAAAAUUGAAUUUGAACAUGGGACCACGUCAGGAAAACGUGUUGUGUAUGUAGAUGGAAAGGAAGUAAUGAGAAAAGAAUGGAUGUUUAAAUUAGUGGGAAAGGAGACAUUUACAGUUGGAGCAGCUAAAACAAAGGCUACCAUUAAUAUUGAUGCAGUCAGUGGAUUUGCAUAUGAAUAUACUCUGGAAAUAGAUGGGAAAAGCCUCAAGAAGUAUCUGGAGAACCGGUCAAAAACAACAAACACUUGGGUAUUACACCUAGAUGGUACAGAUUUUAGAGUUGUUUUAGAGAAAGACACAAUGGAUGUCUGGUGCAAUGGUAAAAAAGUGGAGACAGCGGGUGAAUUUGUAGAAGAUGGGACAGAAACACAUUUCAGUAUUGGAAAGCAUAACUGUUGCAUUAAAGCUAUCAGCAGUGGGAAGAGAAGAGAAGGAAUUCUUCACAUGCUCAUUGUGGAUGAUGGAGAAAUUCCAGAAGCCUUGGAAUAGCUUUCAGAGACUAAUGCAGAUAAAAAUAUCAGGGAUUUUCAAUUACUGCAGUAAUUGACAACUGUAAUAUGUACUUGUUGUACAUUUAGUCUGUGAUGGAUUUUUUAAGUUACUGCAUAGGAAAUUCACUAGAGGGCCAAAUGAAUAUGUAAAGUAUGUAACCUCUACAGUAGUUAUUUUGUUAUAUAGGGACACUAAAGGGAAACUGACUAAUGUAGAAAUUGUUUACAGGGGACAUUUUAAUAAAAUAGUGCAGAAUAAACAA